AGCCACGCGCCUCAAAGACGUUUGCGAACUUUUCUUCACCCAUGCGACCCUGCGGUGAACUAUGCUAUCUGAUGGAGUUGGAUGGCAUCAUCACACUGUCACCGCCGGCUUUGAUGUUCCUGCCCAGUGUCAGAAGGACUUCCUGGUGAUUGGCCUCCGUUUGUUCGAGAUGCGGCUGCUCCUGAUCCUGAUUUCUGCCGCAGCUGCUUUGGAGCACCUCGUUCGUGCGAGAGGCUCACCACCUCCUUGUUCAAGAUCUCGACUGACCUGGGCCAACGAUCCGUUUGACGCCUAUAUCAUCAGCUGCUUUGGUGACCUCGGCCUUACGCCGACCAUCCAUAUCAGCCAAGCCUUUGAACUUGACAUGGUAAAUGCUGGAGCUGGCCUGACAAAGCCCUCCCCCAAAGCGCGACAGCGAGCUUUGGCCCCUUCGAUGCGCUCCGACUUCAGCCCCCCGUCUGGUGGACAGGACUGGCACUGUCUCUUGCUCUUCCAUUCCACAUGGUCUUCCAACAUGUCGCAGAACUCCCGCGCAAAGGGCACAGGAUAGACCCUAGGCAGUUCCGCCUCUGGAGCUUCCGCCACUGGCUUGGCCUCAGGACUGGGCAUCCCGGCUUGCCAGUGGAAGAUGAACUUGGCGACAUUGUGCGAAAAACUGGCCAUUUUUGCGAGCACGGGCAUGACUUGUACAGAGUUGUUUUGGAAUUGAACAGGUUUGGCAGCAAUAACAGUGUUGUGAAGUUGGCCCACAAGAUGGAACUAUAUAGACUGCAUGGAUAACAUCUCAUCCGUGUGUGAAAAAUUGGUAUCCAAAAUUACAUUAUUUGACACCUUGG